AUGCGGGAGUAUGAGAAGGAUAUGGCUAACCCCCUCACUCACCUCCUCAUGGGGAGGCUGGCUGAGGCGCUGCUCAUCCAGGUUCAACGAAUGAAACUGCACAUUGAAACAGCCAUGUUGGAGCAGAUAUCGAGGGCGAAUCAGAUCAUCUUCGCUCUGCUCACCCUCUUUUCUCACUCCCUCUCACCUCCUUCCCGAUCCUCCCGUCUUCCUCUUUCCCGGACCCUUGGCAACAGAGCCACGUUGGAGUUGGAGCAGAUUCUGAGGCCAUGCGCCAUGUUGGAGUUGGAGCAGAUUCUGAGGGCGAAUCAGAUCAACUUCGCUCUGCUCACUGCCCUGCCCGCCCUGCUGCUGCUCUCCGGACUCUUCUCCCUCUCCCGUGACUUCUCCGUCUCAAAGGCACGGGGUGCGGAAGGAAAAGGCCGGAUGGCACAGACAAGACGACGGAUGCUACUCGCUGACGUGGAGCGACACGUGUUGCUGCGUAACCACCUGCGGGUGUCACCAUCGUCCAAGGCGUUACCACCAGCCCAAUCGUUUAUAUCCACGUCAGCAGCGCCCUCCACGUCAGCAUCAGCACCACUUCCCGGAUCAACGUCGGUGUCGACUCUCAAUCCCAGCUCAGCGCCGUGUGAUGAUGUGGCAUCAUCAGCGAAUGACGUGUCAUCAUUGGAUGACGUGGCAGUGUGGCACGGCAUGUUGGUGUAUCUGCUGCAUCGGCUGUAUGUGGCGGUGCAACGACAAGCCAGCAAGGAGGGCGAGUGGUCACGCCUGCAGCAGGAUAUACUCGAUAUAGCAAGCCCCCACAUGGACAUGCAAGGCCGGCAGCUGCUAGCAACGCGCAUGGCGACCGUAUAUGAUUGCCUCGUGCCACUCGCCAAAUGA